AUGGCUGGCAAAGAUUGUAUUGCAAUCGCUUGCGAUCUGAGAUUGGGUAUGCAGUCAGUGGGAGUGUCGAGUAAUUUCGAAAAGAUUUUUGAAUAUGACAGUGUAUACUUGGGCCUUACCGGUCUAGCGACCGACGUGAUUACCUUGUCAGAGGAAUUCAGAAUGAAGCAUAACAUGUACAAGAUGAGAGAAGAGCGACGGAUGGAACCAGAUACUUUUGCUAAUUUGGUAUCUUCCUCUUUGUACGAAAAGAGAUUUGGUCCAUACUUUGUCGGCCCAAUUGUGGCGGGUCUUAAUUCAAAGACGGGAAAGCCAUUCAUAUGCGGCUUCGAUUUGAUUGGUGCCAUUGACUUUGCUAAAGAUUUCAUUGUUGCCGGUACUGCUACUGAUCAGCUGUAUGGAAUGUGCGAGUCUCUAUGGGAACCGGAUCUUGAACCUGAAGAUUUGUUCGAGACCAUUUCACAAGCAUUGCUCAAUGCGCAAGACCGUGAUGCUCUAAGUGGUUGGGGUGCUGUUGUAUACAUCAUUACAAAAGACAAGGUCGUCAAGCGACUAUUAAAGACUAGACAAGACUAG